UAUCCUAACGUAUAAAUAAUGCUGUCGUCCACCCUGGAGCGAUGAGCGUUGGUUUUGUGCUUCCUGCAUGAUGUUCUCAAGACUAAAAGCACUGAAUCAGGUCGGCAAAUGCAUGAAUUGUCAUUCGAUCAAAACAGCAAGGCCACACCAAACCUUCCGUUCUUCGACUAGGCCUACAGAAAAAAAUGGCCAUAAACGCCCUCCUCGUCCAACCACCUCUCCAAAGCCCCGCAGACCUAUUCCCUUCCUUACCCAUCUCAAGGAAAUCAAACAUCCAGAUGAUGCUCUCGCUCUCUUCCAUGAAUACCAACAAAUGGGAUUCAGGCACGACUAUCCUUCCUACUCUGCUCUCAUCUACAAAUUCGCUCGUUCUCGCCAUUUCGAAGCAGUUGAGACCCUCCUUGAUCACAUCCGAGACAACAAUAUGAGGUGCCAAGAGAAACUCUUUGUAGCUUUAAUUCAGCACUAUGGAAAGUUCAAUUUACCCCAGAAGGCUAUCGACCUUUUUCAUCGCAUCACGUCUUUCAAUUGCACCCGUACGUUGCAGUCAUUGAAUUUCCUCCUCAACGUUCUUGUUGAGAAUGAUCGCCUCGCUGAUGCAAAAGAGAUUUUUAAUAGCUCAUCUAGGAUGGGUUUUCGGCCUAAUUCAGUUUCGUUUAACAUAAUCAUCAAGGGCCACACUGAGAAGGGUGAAUGGGAACAAGCUUGCCAAGCGUUUGAAGAAAUGCUUGAGAGGGAAGUCCAACCUACUGCAGUAACCUACAAUUGUUUGAUUGGUUUUUUAUGUAGAAGAGGCGAUCUGGACAAGGCAAGAGCCCUAUUUGAGGACAUGACUCGGAAAGGGAAACACGCCAAUGCAGUCACAUACGCCCUGUUGAUGGAAUGUUUGUGUUCUGCAGGGAAAUAUAAUGAAGCAAGAAAGAUGAUGUUUGAUAUGGAAUACCGAGGGUGUAAACCACGUCUUGUGAAUUUUGGGGUUUUGAUGAGUGACCUUGGAAGGAGAGGGAAAAUUGCGGAGGCAGAAUCUUUGCUUGCUGAGAUGAAGAGAAGAAGGUUUAAGCCAGAUGUAGUGACAUACAAUAUCUUGAUAAAUUAUUUAUGUAGAGAAGGUAGAGCUUCGGAGGCUUACAAGGUCUUUGUAAAAAUGCAGGUUGAAGGCUGUGUGCCGAAUGCUGCAACAUAUCGGAUGAUGGUUGAUGGGUUUUGCAAGGUUGGGAAUUUUGAGAAAGGUUUGAGGGUUUUAAAUGCGAUGCUGACUAGUAAUCAUUGUCCACGCUUGGAAACUUUUUGUUGUUUGUUUUUUGGACUCUGUGAACGUGGAAAGUUGAGUGAUGCAUGUUUUGUUUUGGAAGAGAUGGAGAAGAGGGAGAUGAGGUUCCAUUUGGAGGGUUGGGAAUCUUUAAUUAAUGGUUCCUGUUCUGGAGAUGCAGGCACUACGGAGAUUUUAAGAGAGCUGAUGCUAAUUGAUAAGUAGGUUUUGGGGAGGAGGAGAUGAGAAGACUAAAGAGUGCUUUUUUAAUCUCUCUAGAAGUAUUCAAGAGUUCAAUCUUUGACUUUGAUGUGUUAAUAUUUAAAAAUGGAUAACUAACAUACAGUAGCUGGUGGAGAGCUAUUGAAUUCAGCAUCUUCAUCUUGCCCUCCAUCCUGAAGUGGGGUUAUGAUAAAGUGAGAUCAGACAAAUUCCUCAGAGGGCAUGAUUGAAUCAAGGCUGUUUAUUACCAUUACAAAAAGGGCUCCAUUUAGAACAGAUUUGUUGCUGUUCGAGACCAUUAAUUUCUCAUAUCUGUAGCUUGACGUAACUGCUGUCCCUGUUCUAGCGUUUAUGAUACUUCAUCAGCUUGAAUUUUCCUAUGCUCCUAUAGAGGUCUUUCUUUAACUAAUUUCUUUUAUGGAGGAGCUUCUUUUGCCCUGUAUUUGGGAAUCAUCUACCAACUAGUAUGAGUUAUACGGCAAUGAACUGUCAAAUAAUGAACUUCCUGAUGUUUCAGAGGGUAUCAUCCUUUAAAUUUACAUAGACUUGAAGCGGAUUAGGCUAUCAUGGGAGACAGCCUCAUUGUGAAUGUUUUAGGUUGCAUUGGGGUUUCAAUAUCUAGGAACAUGUUUGCUCUUGUUGUGGUUUCAAGUUCUACAUGAAAGAGGAUUGUUGGGUCUUAUGCUCAGGGUAUUGCAGGGUUCCAACUGAACCUUUAUGAACAUGUAGUUUUGAAUAUAGCUGACUGGGCAAUCUAACUGGAUUCUAUAUCUGAGCAUGACGAACAAUGAAAUUCACAAGAAUUGUUGUUAGACAAACAAGGGAGGUUUCAAAGGUGAUUGGCAUUAAAAUUGUUAAAUGGCAUUUUUUGUAAUAUCUAUACUUUUUCUUAAUAACAGAAGCAAAAUACAAGUACAUGGAUGAUAUGAUGAUAUAUGAGAAACUCGUUGAAAAACUUGAUAUGAUUUUUUUUUCUAUUGUAUUUCCGCAUAGGUUCCAAU